CCUCCUGCCUCUGGGUGAUUCAUUGCGCUUCCUUCGUUUUCAAGAUGUUGACUUUCUCAAACAGGAUAAAAUUAUGCUCUCUGGCUUUCACGGCCGUGCGCAUGUGCAGCAGCGGCGCCGCGGCUGCAAACAAGAACCCCGUGGUUUACUUUGACAUUGCUGCAGAGAACAAGACCAUCGGCAGAGUCACCUUUGAGCUCAACGCCGAAGUUGUGCCAAAAACUGCAGAGAACUUCAGAGCGCUGUGCACGGGCGAACAUGGCUUUGGUUACAAGGGAUCAACUUUCCACCGGGUGAUCCCCAAGUUCAUGUGCCAGGGUGGAGAUUUCACGAACCACAAUGGAACCGGGGGGAAGUCGAUCUAUGGAUGGAAAUUUCCGGAUGAGAACUUCAAGCUGAAGCACACUGGACCCGGUAUUUUGUCUAUGGCCAACGCUGGACCUAACACUAAUGGAUCCCAGUUCUUCAUCUGCACCGGUAACACAGACUGGCUGGACGGCCGGCAUGUUGUCUUUGGCAGCGUGAAGGAGGGAAUGGACGUGAUCAAGAAAGUGGAGUCUUUCGGUUCCCAGUCUGGGCGAACCUCCAAGAGGAUCACUAUUGCAGACUGUGGAGAGCUCAAGGAGGCUCCAUGAGAGCAUAGGACACGGUCGUAGUCUCAUCGCCUACUGCUGGGGUUUAAAUGGGAGCGUCCGAGUGAAAGAGGCUCUUUCUUCAGUCAUGGUGCCGAGUGCUACCUCUCCUUACUGACGGUCGCUUUUAUCAGACUCGCAAUCAGUUUUUCUUUUGGUACAAACAUUCUGUGUUUCUUCAGGUAACAAUUAACGCACUUAACUGUGUCAGGCCAUAUAAUGUGAACUAGUAUUGUAAAAUCACGGGUUGUAUUAUUUUUAAAAGAGAGCCAUAAUUCAUUAACAAACACUGGUGUGGGAAAGAGGCAUUUAUUUGAAAUAAAUAAAUAAUUUUUUUGCUAAA